AUGAUUGCCAACACUCGUUCUAUCCUUGUGGGACUCGUCCUCGGCGCUGCUCAGCUCUCCAACGCUUCGCCUGCCGACUCACCCACCGAUUUCUCGUCUCCGAUCUACCCUACUGUCACGGACUCAAUCCCUCCCCUUGUCAAACCUACCGCCACCCAGACUGCGGUCGCUUCUGGCACUCCAGUUGUCGAUGCAUGUGCCCAGAAAUGCAUUGACGCGCACGACAAGUGUAACACGGCGCCCGAUGCCAACCACGCUACCUGCGCUGCCGAGUUCGCAGAGUGUCUCAACUACAACCCUUACGGCGGAGAUGGCUUUGUCUCCCCCACAGCUUGCUCUGCAUCUUCUUCCGCCAGCGCAUCUGCAACUGGAGCUCCCAUCGAUGCUUGUGCCCAGAAGUGCAUCGAUGCGCACGAUAAAUGCGAUACCGCACCUGAUGCCAACCACGCCACCUGCGCUGCCGAGUUUGCCGAGUGCCUUAACUACAACCCUUACGAUGGCAAAGAUGGCACCCUGGUUUCCCCUACAGCUUGCUCUGCAUCUUCUGCUAGCGCAUCUGCAACAACAACUGGAAAGCCCCUCGAUGCCUGCGCUGAGAAGUGUACCAAGGCCCAUUACGACUGUGACACUGCCCCUGAUGCCAACCACGCAACAUGUGCUGCCGAGUUCGCCGAGUGUCUUGGUUACAACCCCUACACAGGCACAGGUGGAACGCUUGUCGACCCCACUGGCUGUUCCGCCGCUACUACUCUUGCUUCUGCUACCUCCAAGCCUACCGGUGGCGAGACUUCAAAGCCUGCACCCACUGAGACUACUGUUAUUGUCAACGGAGCUGAGCGUGUUUCUUCUGUCAAGGUUGCUGGCCUUGUUGGUGCCAUUGGUGUUGCUGCCCUUGCUUUCCUUUAA